AUGACGACUGCAUUUCCUCUUCUCCGUCUUCCAUACCUUGUACUUAUGCCUGUCUUGGAACAAAUGGAAUUUAUGGAAAGGAUUGCACUUUCGAUUCUUUCCAAACGUGCCAGAAUGUUCUUGAAACUUCUCAAAAUGAAGUGUGAGUAUAUCAAUUUAAUACUGGAGGAUAACAAAAUCAAGAUGGCAGUGUUGUUCGAUGAUAGUGAAAAAUUGAGAGUGGAUGUUCCAAUGAUCGGAGAUCAAGAAGUUUUGAUUAUCGGGUAUUAUCAAAAUUUGAAGUAUGGACAUGAUUCAAAUGAAUACGAUUACUUCGCUUGGUGGCCUGGUACACUAUCUCCAAUGGACUACGUCCUUCCGAUCAUGGACGUCACUUACUGCAAGUCGAUUAGGAAAUUGAUAUUCCUAGAAGUAUCUGAAUACGACCCUGGAUACGACACUACUAUCCCACUCCUAACAAAGCUUUUUAAAAUUGAUGAAGUCAUUGUUGAUGACUUCCCUUCCUACAGUUUUUCUUGGGACUCAAGACUUCAAAACGUUUUGAAAAUCGUUUUUCCAGUAACUUCUGCAGUUACCAUUCCUUAUCAUGCACUAAAACCUGAAGAUCUCCGAGAAAUUAUCAGGGGGAAUUUUGAGUCUGUGACUGUGAGAAAAUAUCAUGCUGACUACAUGCCAAAUCACGAUAUGAAGUUUUCUCUUAACGAUUUGAAGAUGACAAACGUUAGGUCACUCAAGCUUGCUGGCCCAGCCUUUACAUUAGAAGACCUAAACCACUAUUUCAAGUUGUGGAAGAAGAAAAAAAGUAAUCCUCGAUUGAAAUAUUUGCAAGUGGCGAUAAGGAAAUCUGAAAGGAGUGAAAUAAUGAGGACCUUUCUGAAAGAAUUCAAAGUUGUUUUGAUGAAUCCCACUAGAACAAAGGAUAUAAAACCGUUCAUUUCGGAGAUUGAAAAUGAGCGUUUUCCUACGGAACUUUACAUAAGUAGAGCAGACGGGAGAGGAGCAACAGUCAGAAUUGGAACUGAAGGGACUGUUUGUUUCUACGUUUGCCCAGAAUCUACUAAUGAUACAACAAAUCGUGAGCCAAAUCAAUCUUUAUUCAUGCGUAAAUUUCCAUUUAUUUCUAAUUUUUACAAUUCAUGUAUUGAACGUUUCAAAUAG